AUGCUGCCGAGCUCCCCGAACCGCCCUGUCUGGGCAGACGGUCUCUCCCUCUUUGACCUCACCUCUGGUGCCUCUCCUGCCCCUGUUGCCGAUGCCGACGCCACUGUUCGCUCCCAGUGGGCCACUCGCGAUGCUGCUGCACGUCUUGCUGUGCGUCGCCACCUGCCUACCACUGAGCGCGCACACUUUCGUCAGUACAAGAGUGCUCAGACCUUGUACGACGCCGUAGUUGCGCGCUACUCUUCCCCUGCCAUUGCUGCACUGAGCCGCCUCAUGCUACCGUACCUCUUCCCUGACCUUGCUCCCUUUCCCACAGUCGCUGACCUCAUUACACACCUCCGCACUAGUGACACUCGCUACCGCGCUGCGCUUCCUGCUGAGUUCUGCGCCAAGAACCCCCCCCCCCAUCCGACCUCGCUGGUCUUGAGUCGGUCGGUGCGACAUCUGCCCCUAGCGGGAGACGCCGCUCUGGCAAGGGCAAGGGGAGCAAGGGUGCGGGAGGAGCUAGCAGGGGUGGUGGAGGUGGCGGUGGAGGCGGCGGAGGGAGUGGGGGUGGCGGUGGGAGUGGUAGCCGGGGUGGCGGUGUCGGUGGCAGAAGUGGAGGCGGAGGCAGCGGAGGCGAUAGCUGUGGGAGCGGAGGUGGUGGUGGUGGCGGCGGUGGAGGCGGCGGAGGUGGCGGAGGUGGAGGAGGCGGUGGUGGAGGAGGUGGAGCUGGUCGAGGUGGCGCUUUGCAGCGGAGCGGCUCCGGUGGUGUGUGGUGGGCGUUUUGGUCCGUGCACCUACGUCCUUCGCACUGGCGACCGCGCGGGUGAGCAGUGUGGGGGUGCCCACCACAACCAGCGCUUCUUUGGCCACGUGACGGACGCUUGGCGUCACCAGUUCCCGGAGGCCGCGGAGAUCCCCCGCUGGGGAGAGCUGUCUAGGGCGGGUGUCGCUAUCUUUUAUCUUGACUUUGAUGCUAUUCUUGCUGCUAUGUAUGCUGUGACUAUUAGUGAUGAGGGUGACUGUUACCGGUGCUUCCCGCCCGACCCGGGCAUUGAGACAACUGCUCUAGGUGCUGAUGAGGCUACUACUCUAGGUGCCAGUGCGUGUGCGUCCUCAGGUGCUGGUGAGUCUGCACUCUCAGGUACUGCGUCGGCCUCGGCCUCCCUCACCUUCACACUUGACUCAAGGGCUUCUCGCUCCUUCUUUCGAGACCACACCACACUCACGCCGCUUGGUCAGCCGGUUGCAGUCUCCCUGGCAGACCCCUCUGGGGGUCCUGUCCUCUCUCACUUCUCCACUGUCCUCCCGUGUCUGGCUGCCCCCUCUAGCACCUUGUCUUGUCUUUACCUCCCCUCAUUCUCUACGAACUUGGUAGCUGCGUCGGGUCAGGUGUUUGCUGCAGCGUCCAGGUCUGGUCCUGAGUCUGCCCCCUGCUCAUGUCGUCUCCUGUCUCACGAGACUCUCCUGUGGCACCACCCUCUUGGUCACCCUUCCGUGCCUCGUCUCCGAGGCAUGGCUUCCCAUGUCCUCGUCUCUGGUCUUCCCCGGUCCCUCCCUCCCCUUCCUCCGGGGCCUGGCCCCUCCUGCGUCCCCUGUGUCGAGGGGCGCCUCAGGGCUGCCCCUCACUCCUCUCAAUUUCCCCCGACACAGGCCCCGCUAGAGACGCUUCACAUGGACGUGUGGGGCCCGGCCCGCGUCCGUGGACAGGGUCACGAGCGCUACUUUCUGCUGGUGGUUGACGACUACUCGCGUUACACCACAGUCUUCCCCUUUCGCAGCAAGGGUGAUAUGACUGAGCAAAAUGGGAUUGCUGAGCGCCGCAUUGGCAUGGUCAUGGACGUCGCUCGUACGUCCAUGAUGCAUGCGGCUGCCCCCCAUUUUCUGUGGCCGUUUGUGGUUCGGUACGCGGCGCAUCAGAUCAACCUUCACCCCAGGGUCUCCAUGACGGAGACCUCCCCAGCUUUGCUGUGGACGGGGAAGGUAGGCGAUGCGUCUGCGUUCCGUGUUUGGGGAUCUCGGGCGUUUGUCUGCGACUUGUCUGCGGACAAAUCGUCCCCUCGUGCUGCUCCCUUUGUCUUCCUUGGCUUCCCCCCUGAGGCGCCAGGGUGGCAGUUCUACCACCCCACCUCUCGUCGUGUUCUGUCCUCCCAGGACGUCACGUUUGACGAGUCGGUCCCCUACUACUGCCUCUUCCCCUACCGCACUCCUUCCCUCCCCCCGCCUCCGCUCUUCCUUGUGCCAGACGCGGUCGAGCCGAUCGAGGUUACUGGUGACUCUGGUCCUGCUGCGGGUGCUGAGCCUGGGGGUGCUGUCUCUGGGGGUGCUGCGCGUGGGGGUGCUGAGCCUAGGGGUGUUGAGACUGGGGAUGCUGAGUCUGGGGGUGCUCCGCCUGGGGGUGCUGAGCCUGGGGGUGCUGAGCCUGGGGGUGCUGAGCUUGGGGGUGUCACGUCUGGAGCUGCUGAGUCUGGGGGUGUGGAGCCUGCGGCCGCUGGACCUGCUCAUGUGGCGUCUGGCGAUGCUGGACCUGGAGGUUCUCCGGGUGCUUUGUCUCGGCGGGAUCCACUCUCUCCGUAG